AUGUCGGAGCCAUCUGAGAGGCCUGAGCUCUGCUGCGGAGGCUCCACCGGGCGGCUGGCGCCCCCGCCCACCUGGGCAGCGCUGGCAGGGAGGCCCGCAGGGCCCGGGGCGGGCGAGGUGGGCAACAGCCUCUGGGUUCAGACGGGCCGCUUCCCACGGAGGAGGAGGACCGGGCCGGCGGGGCCUGAUCGGCCUCCAGCCGCGCUGUCUCGGAGCUGCAAGGGGCCUUCGGGGGGGCCUUAUUAUCCGGCCUGCCUGCGGGACGAAGGUCCCUUCCACAGUCCUUGCCGUCCUGGCGGCAGUGAUCCCAGCCCCCUUGGCUGGGGGGACCUGGGCCCCUUUAACCCGGGGCUGCCCGUGGACGUGCCCCUGUGGCUGGCCGUCAGCCUGAAACAGAGACAGAAGUGCCGGGUGCUCCCUCCGGAGUGGAUGGAUGUAGAGAAGUUGGAGAAGAUGAGGGAUCAUGAACGCAAUGAAGAAACCUUUACCCCGAUGCCUAGCCCGUAUUACAUGGAACUUACCAAACUCCUGCUCAACCACGCUUCGGACAACAUCCCGAAAGCAGAUGAGAUCCGGACCCUGGUCAAGGACACUUGGGACACGCGCAUCGCCAAGCUGCGCGUGUCUGCCGACAGCUUCGUGAGGCAGCAGGAGGCGCAUGCCCAGCUGGAUAACUUGACCCUGAUGGAGAUCAACACCAGCGGGGCUUUCCUCACACAGGCGCUCAACCACAUGUACAAGCUCCGCACCAGCCUGCAGCCUCCCGAGCACACUCAGUCCCAGGACUUCUAGAGGAGACCUGGUCUUGGCAGGCCUGGCCUCUGCCGGAGCGGGCACCAGGCACCACGCCGGGCCUCGCCUCUCUGCAGUUCUAGAGCCAACUUGGAAUGUGUGAAAAACAGGAGGGGGAAGAACGCUGUCGGAAAGCAAGCCUUCUUGUGCGCGUUUGUCAAGACGCGCGUUAGUGCCACACCUGUCUCUUGCAAGCAGCUGCUCUUUUUGGGGCUGAGAGAACAAAGCUUCUCCAGACAAUACAAAGAGUCGGUAGUAGAAUCCCACGUCUCCUCAAAGGCGGCCUUCCGGAUGAGUGCCCCGAGCUGCUUUGGAAGGUGCACGGGUGUGGCCGAGAGCUUUUUCCGCCUUCCUGAGCUGGAUCUCCCGGGCUGAGUCUAGAACGACCGACGGUUGCUUGUGGCGAGCAGGCCGGCAGGUGCACGCCAUGCGGUGUCUUGUCAUCUCAGCCCGUGCACAAUAAAGAUGGAGUAAACUGGCAUCUCUGGGCUUUUGUGUCAAUACUGGGGGAAGGGGCAAGCCCCAGCUAGGUCGCACCGGCACAGGGGGUGUUUGCUUCAGCCAGCUCUUGGGGCGCAGCUGACAGGGAUAUCCCCGCAGUGCGGGAGGGCAAGA